CUUAGCCAUUUUGUUUCGGAUAGGUUUAGUUUAGUUUGCUAAUUCCAUCUAGACGUAACUCACUCUCUUGUGUUAGGGCUGCUUUGUUGAUUGUUGCUGACGAAAUAGUGUGAAUUGAUUUGACUUGAAAACUAGAAUUAUUUCACUGAUAGUUGUUUGGAGGACAGCAGAAAAUAAGACUAGAACUAGAUUUCUUAGUUGAAAAGAAUCACAGUGUUGUGAAGAUCCAAAAUGUCUGAACCCCGCGUAAGACGUGUUGUAACAGAGGAUCUCUCCAACGUAGAAUUUGAAACUAGUGAAGAUGUUGAAGUUAUAUCUACAUUCAAUACAAUGGGUCUUCGAGAGGAACUUCUCAGAGGAAUUUAUGCAUAUGGUUUUGAAAAACCAUCUGCCAUCCAACAAAGGUCCAUAAAACCCAUUGUGAAGGGACGUGAUGUGAUCGCCCAAGCGCAGUCUGGUACCGGCAAAACAGCAACAUUUUCAAUAGCAAUUCUACAGUCUCUGGAUACAACUCUGCGUGACACUCAGGUGCUUUGUCUGUCACCAACAAGAGAACUUGCUGUUCAAAUUCAGAAGGUGAUUCUUGCCUUGGGAGAUUUCAUGAAUGUACAGUGCCACGCGUGUAUCGGUGGAACAAACCUAGGUGAGGACCUGCGCAAACUGGACUAUGGGCAGCAUGUUGUCUCAGGCACACCAGGUCGUGUGUUUGACAUGAUCCGUCGCCGUGUGCUUCGAACUCGCUCUAUCAAGAUGUUGGUGUUGGAUGAGGCAGAUGAAAUGUUGAAUAAGGGCUUCAAGGAACAAAUCUAUGAUGUCUACAGAUACUUGCCCCCAGCAACCCAGGUUGUGUUGGUAUCUGCUACACUGCCACAUGAGAUUCUAGAAAUGACCAGCAAAUUCAUGACAGAUCCAAUCCGUAUUUUGGUAAAGCGUGAUGAGUUGACACUAGAGGGUAUAAAACAGUUCUUUGUGGCUGUUGAGCGUGAAGAGUGGAAGUUUGAUACUCUGUGUGACCUGUAUGACACAUUGACUAUCACACAGGCUGUUAUAUUCUGCAACACCAAAAGGAAGGUUGAUUGGCUGACAGAAAAAAUGCGGGAAGCCAACUUCACUGUGAGUUCUAUGCAUGGAGAUAUGCCCCAAAAGGAACGAGAUGCGAUCAUGAAAGAGUUCCGCUCAGGACAGAGCCGAGUCCUAAUCUCUACAGAUGUCUGGGCUCGAGGUAUUGAUGUCCAGACAGUUUCCUUGGUCAUCAACUAUGACUUGCCCAACAAUCGAGAGCUGUACAUUCACAGAAUUGGCCGAUCUGGACGAUUUGGCAGGAAAGGUGUGGCCAUCAACUUUGUGAAAAAUGAUGAUAUCAGGAUUUUAAGAGACAUUGAGCAGUACUACUCAACCCAGAUUGAUGAAAUGCCCAUGAAUGUUGCGGAUUUGAUCUAAAGGGGUCUGAAAAAGUCUGGUGGUCUACCCAUUCUCUUGUGUGUGUAUAUAUUAUUUUGUAAAUAAUAACAAUCAUUGUACAUUUUUUAAAUGUUUAAGUUGUGUUUAAAUUUUUAUGACACUUUCCUGCAGUGCAACUUAUGUUUGUCAUAUUACCUACAAUUUAAUUUGAAUUUUUAUUGCUUUUAGUUACUUAUGAAAUAGACAUUACAAGAUUAUAUAAUUGUAAGGUUGGAAUUUCAUAUUUAUUUAAUAUAUAAAACUGUUAUUAGAUACUAAUAAUAGAAAAUAAGUAUUGAAUGAUUUACGUUCCAUACAAAAAAAUAUUUUGUAUAAACUUGCGACAAAAUAAAUAUUACUUUACAA